CUCAAAAAUACACUACUCAACAACUUAUAGCCACUGCUUCUCUUCCAUGGCUACUGUUAGCUCCAAGUUUUCAUAUCCAUUUUCACUCAUUCUCUCUUUAAAUUAAAAUCCCAUCACCUAAACAACUCCUCUCUCCAAAUUAACCAACAAAAACUCCAAAACCAAUAAAACUGAUCAUGGAUAUAUGGUCCUGGAUUUGUGAGCUUCCUGACUCGGUCCAGUGGUCCGAGUCUGACUCAGCUCAAAUCUUCGAAAUUGCUAGCUCCUCACCAAAACUCGCUGGAAAUUAUCAGUCAACUCGGACGAUUCAACUUAGAGCUGAGAGAACUGCUGGAUCCAACUCAGACCUUUUGGUUACCUUCUCUAUAUGCUUGCAUGGGUUUCACCCUAAUAGUGCUUCAAAGACUCUUUGGGUUUCUGACACGUGUCCUUUAAACUCGGACAAACCCUUUCUCCCGCUAUUUCUCCAGCUUCUACAAGAAAUCAUCACCCGUUCACCUAUGGCGCAAAAUAGCACUUGUCCACGUUCACAGCUUCAGAAACUUAAACCCGACCCGAUUUCUUGGAUUAUGGACUCUCAUUCGCCCGAGUCAUUUUCAAGUUUUUUUAAUUUAGUGUUUCUUACGCGCUUGUUUUGGCUAUGUGUAUGUGACGCGCCUAGCGAGGUUGGGUCUUUCUAUUUUGAGUCGCUAUUGGGUCCGAACCUUGAAGCUUUGAGUAGUGAAAAGGGUCCUGUUUUGAGGACCUUUUUGGUUACUGUAGGAGUAGAUGCCGAGCUGUGUUUCAUGCGCACCAUCGGCUACAUGUUAACGAAAUGGCUCAUUUUAAAACAAGUGGGUUCAGGUUUACAUUUGUUGGGCCCACUAGUCGGCCAGCAAGUAAGAUUCUCAUAUGCAACGGAGGCCCAUGGGUUUUGGGUUUUGAAAGGGUACGCACCUAUUUUGGCUAUGAAUGUUGCUAAAUGUUCUGGAAAUUAUAAAUUUCCUGUUAUUGAAGCCAGGGAUUCAGUGCUAAAAUACGCCUUGGCUCAUCAACAGUUGGAGGCAGUUAUACAGUUGGAAUAUUCUGUUACUUUCUCUGACGGGUAUAUUCGGGUUAUUGCGCGAGUCGACAAUCUACGGUUCCACGUGGCAAAAUUAGGGUUUAAUAGAAAAGAAGAUGUUGAUUAUGCGGAGGAGAGGCAUUUUGUGUCUCGAGCUCGAGUUUGGGCUGGGCCGGAGGUUGGGGCAACUUAUGUGGUGGGAUUUAGUUUGGGCCGGUCCACUGAUAAUGGAGAGAGAGAAGUGGAAAUGCAAAGAGUAAGAAAGGGAAAUUUUGAUGAAGAAUCAAAAGCUCCUAAGGUGAAAACUAGGGCAAAAAUGGCAACAAGGACAAGGAUUAAAAAUUGGAGGUGGGACCAAGACGCGGAGGGAAAUAGUGUUAUUUUCGACGCCGUUUUAUACAAUGAUACUGGUUAUGAAGUUGCCACGUGGAAAAUGAUGAACAAUGAUGUUAGUGAUGGCAGCAACAAUAACGGUAACAGUAAUAACAGUCGAAAUAGAUAUAAUUGGAAUGGGCACAGAAGACCAUUUACGAAAACAAGAGGAAUGGUGUUUGCAGGAGAUGAAUAUGGGGAAGGAGUAGAGUGGAGAUUGAACAAGGAAAUGGAAGGAAGUGUUUUGAAAUGGAGAAUAGGAGGGCAAGUGUGGGUAAGUUACUGGCCAAGUGAAGUGAAGAGUUCAUAUUUUGAGACUAGGUGUGUUGAAUGGUGUGAUGAGGUUGAUUUACCUUUAAUUCCAGGAAAAUAAAUUCACCAGGAAAUAAAUUUUUAAUUAUUGUAAAUUUACAUUAAUAUAUUGUAAAUAAAUAUUAAAUAUUUUGUUAUAUUAGUGUGUUUUGUCAAAAUUAUCAUCAUUUUAAUGAAGAAGUUUGUAUGUUCACUUAACAAAAUUAA